UUAUCGAUGAGAUUUCCCACUGAUGUAAACAAAUAAGAAAGGAAAAAAAGUAAAUAAAACAAUGUCCAGAGGCGGAGAACUGGUCUUCAAGACGAAGAAAACGUCGGAGAAGAUAUCGGAAAACAUACACAUUUUCGCGAACGAUCCAUCGUUGGCGUUUUUCCGGGUUCAGGAACACGUUCGCAAGGUUUCCCCAGCGAUUUUCGAGAAGCGCGAUGAAGUCUUCCAGCUGCAAAACAAUCUCCAGGGACAUUGCUACGACAUGGAAUACGGAAUUCAAGCCCUGCGCACCAUUGAAAAAUCGGAGAGCGUAUUCGACAAUAUACAGGAAAUGAUCAAGGCUUCGAUUUUUCUCAAGCAACAGCUGAAAUACGAGGAAAACAGGAAGAAAAUCAAGAAGGAAAGCACCAAGUCAUCGGUUUACAAAAGAUUCUCCGCCCAUCUAGCAUUGGAUCUGCCCGAUUUGCCCGAUUUUGGUGGCGUUAUGCGGGAAACUAGCCAGCGAAUGGAGAACAUGAUAGGUCCUGGGACAGGAACGGGAACCGGACGAACCGAGACCCAGACUACGACCACCCAAUCCAGUAAUCCCGGGGAGCUCCAGAGAUCCUAUACGACACUCCAUUAGUUAGUCGAUUAUUUUAGGUUUUUAUAUUGUAUUUUCAGUUAUGAUUAUUACAAAAAUAAACUACAUUUAUACUAUGACGUA